ACGGGGGCGACUGUGGAAAAGACUGUAUAACAAACUGCCAUGCUGAGCCUUUAAGGGGCGGGGCUUAGAGCAGCUGCAGCAUGCAGACGAAGAAAGAGAGAAAAAAAAGGGUAGAGUGUAAAGGAGUAUAGUUUAUGUUCGCAUUUGUUUAUUUAACUUGCCGUUUGCCGUUUAUUGUUACCUUCCUUGAUGUGUGUGCGUGGAAAUACAAGUAAGUGAUGAACCACACACGAUUACCUAAAUAAACGGCAAGUACGAGUUGAAUCACCUGGCGUACGACUCUGCGUUCUUUGGAGUUCUGACCGACUCACCACAGUGUUCUGAAUAUUCACACCAGUAAAUGCAACCUCUAAUUUUCAAUGGUCCUUCGAGCCGGAUAGCAGACUACUGUUUGAAGAUGCAGAAUUCAGAGUCAAAGGCAUUGGACACUCGACCCAAACGAAGAAUGUCAGUUCCUUCCUACCUAUCAGAUUAUGACCUAAGUGGACCUGGAGCUCAGAGUAGAUCCCGGACAGCAGCUGCAGGGGAAUCGUUAGAGGAGCAAAGUGGACUAGUACGUCCGACUGCCAGAUCUCCAUCACCACCCAUUAGCCAGAGCUUCGACAUGAUGGAUUUGAGGGAUGAUAUGGAGCAAGAACGAGAGCUUUGUCAAUCAAUGGAGCAAGUAACCAGGGAGCAGCAAACCAGCCAAGUUCCAGAGUUUAGUGUUGCUCUCGAAGAGAUGCGCCAAGAAAACGCUGAGCUUCGUAAACAGUUUCAGAGCCUGAUGGUUGCUUUACAGUCCCAGCCAGCAGCCCAUCAGCCUCUGUUCCCACCUCCUCCACCUCAAAGUGUGUACAGCGGUGGUUAUGGACCUCACCAACCCCCUACCAAUUCCCCAGCAUACCAGCAGCUACAAUAUCCAACAUUCAGCUCCCGAAGAAACCUGCGAUUAGAUUUCACUAAUCCUAGAGUUUCCCAAACAUCUGGUGGUCUGCAUCAGAGCCUGUAUUACGCAGACACACCACAGCAGAGCGCACCUUCCUAUUCACAUAGAGAUUCUUCAUUUGUCCAAGUUCCCAGCUUUAAUGAGCCACAGAGAGAGACCACAUAUAGGGGGCCGAAGCCCACUAUCCCCAGAUUUACAUCACCCGAUCCCAGAGAGUUUGCACGCAUGAAGAUUGCCUUAGAGAAUCUAUUACCAGGCGAUGCUACGGAAAGAUACAAGUACCAGAUCCUCACUGAUCAUCUCCAGUGCGAAGAAGCUUCACUUGUAGCAGACUCCUACUGCAACUCAAGGCAACCUUACACUGAUACAAUGUUGGCUCUCUCUGUGGCUCAUUAA